CCGGCCGCCGCCAUCUCGCCCCCUCUAUCUCCCGUGAUGGCGUCGCGCGGCGGCGGGCAGACCUACGGCUUCCCCAUCUACUGCGCCUCCUGGCUCCCACUCGCCCACAUCCUCAAGCCCUCCGCCGACGAUGCCGCCGAGGCGGACGCGCCCUCUCCGGCCCCGGCCCCUCCCCCGCGCCCCAUGGUGACCCUCGGCGGAGGUGGCGGCGAGGGAAAUAGCGGCGUGCCCAACGCGCUGGUCGUCGCCGCGGUCGACCCUGCCACGGCGGGGGCGCCCCCGGCGCUCUCCCCCGAGCCGGUGUUUAGGCUGCAGACGGGUCAGCAGGUGCCAUACAGGAUGUCUGUCCACCCCCAUGGCCACGGCGUCGUCUGCGCCUUCCCCAACGGCUGCAGGUUGUUGCGAUGGGAAUUACCAGAAGGAGAGGAUCCACACAGACUAGAAUUGAGAUCUGACGAAGAGGCUUUAGCGACGCUAAGUGAUGUUGGUUUACAGUUGGCGGUGUCAUUCAGUGAAGCGGGCUCACUACUUGCAACUGGUGGUGAGGAUGGGCAUUUAAGGGUCUUCAGAUGGCCUACCAUGGAAACCAUUGUCGAAGAACCUGAUACUAAAACAUCUGUUAAGGAUCUUAGUUUCAGUUCCGAUGAGAGGUUUUUAGCUGUAAAUAGGAGCAGUGGCCCAUCUAAAGUGUGGGAUUUAAGGUCAGCUGAAGCUGUGGCUAAUCUGCCAAGAGAAGCUGGAGAAAUGUUUGGAUUCUGCAGAUUUUUAAAUAAGCCCGACAACAGUCAGAUCCUCUUUGUUACAGCGAUGCAAGGUGAUUAUGGAAAAAUAAUAUCUUGGAAUACUACCACAUGGACAAGAAUUGGAUCGAAGAAAAUAACUCGUGAGGCGAUUUCAGCAUUUGCUGUCUCGCCUGACGGUACACUUCUAGCAUUUGGAACUAUUGAGGGAAGCAUCAGCGUACUUGGCUCAAGAGACAUGCGAGUGCUUGUAAAAGUUAAGAAGGCACAUCUUGGCAUUGUUACUACGUUGGCUUUCUCUCAAGACUCAAGGACCUUGCUGUCGACUUCCUUCGACUCAACUGCAAGGCUCACAUCGACUGCACCCCCAAAGAGUACAGGUGUGAGCCUGUGGUCCAUGAUACUAGCUAUCGUACUCGCAAUUUUGGUAUACUACUAUAUGCAGCACAAAGAAGAUCUCUUGGCAAUGUUGCCGAAGUGAAAGUUUUGUUCUAUCUUCUGAUAUCUCACAGCUUACCUCUGUGAUUAUCUGAUCUUCUACCGGAGAUAAAUGCUUACUUGUGUCAGAGCUAGAGCAUUUUUUGUAUUUAUAUCAAAGACGAAGCGUCGAUUUAUCUCUCAAGUUUUGUACCAAUGGCAAAAACCACCAGGCUAGUUAUCAGGUCACGCUGGUAUAGAAAUGGACAAGUUCCCUGGGUUUGUAAAAUUGAUGGCCCUUUAUGAGUUAUAUCCUGUAGUACCCAUAGUUUUAUCCUCUUGCGAAAUUUUUCCAGAGUCCACUGUAAAGAAUUUGGGACCAAGUUAUGAUGCAUGUCAAGUAAAACCAUAUGAAGUUAAUGAAAGCAAGUGUGCUUCACUAGUGUUUUAAA